AUGGCUCACACCACAAACCCGAUGCCGGACCUGCCGCCGCCGCCGCCCGUGUCCCGGCGCACCAUCCCCGUGGCCGGUCUGCUGGUCGACUUUUACGGCCUCGACGAGCUGCCGGCAGACACCGAGUCCGUCUCGGUGCUGUGGCUGCACCACCCGCGGCUGCGGUCGCGCGAGGACAUGGCCGACAUUGGCGCGCGGUGCGUGCAGGCGGUGGCCGAUGAGAGCGCCACGACGCGCACGAAACACCGCCUGGUCGCGGCCGCGUUCGACCAGCGCAACCACGGUUCGCGGCUGGUGUCGCCGCGGGCGAACACGGCGUGGCGCGAGGGUAACACGACGCACGCCCAGGACAUGUUUGGGAUGAUUGCCGGGACGGUCUCGGACACGCACCUGCUGAUUGACCUGGUGGACGGGUACCAUCACCACGACGGACACGAUGGCCGGGGACAGGUGAAGGCAGGGCCGGGGAGCGAGCCCGCGCAAAAGAAGGGCGACGCGGCCUCGGACGACAGAGACGCCGCCUAUGCAAGCGGCAUUCUGCCGGCCCACGUGGCGGUGACGCAGCAUGUGGUGCUGGGCGUGUCGCUCGGCGGGCACAGCGGGUGGCAGCUGCUGUUUGCCGACGAACGCGUCACGGCGGGUGUCCUCAUUAUUGGAUGUCCAGACUAUAUUGGUAUGUUCCAUGUUGUCUUGUUUCCUGUCCAGCGCUUCAUCAUCUGCGUCCUGGGCAUGCUUCCGCUAACCGCACUAGAUCUCAUGGUCGAGCGCGCCCGCCUUUCCAAGCUGGCCACGUACAAGGCCGCUGCCGAGGGCGGCCCGCCGUUCCUGGGCAGCCGCGAUUUCCCUGCGGCACUCGUUGGCUCCGUCCUCAAGCGCGACCCCAAGGGUAUCGUAUUCGGCACCAACGCGGCCGUGUGGCCGUCGACGGCCGCCGGCGAAAAGGCCGUGCACGACACCUUGCAGAAACACGUCGUCGGCAAGCAGUUCCUCGUGUGCUCAGGCGGCGCGGACAAGCUGGUGCCGUACAAGAACGGCAAGUCGUUUUUGGACGUGUUUAAGAAGGCGGCGGCGACGUGGCCGGACCUGGGGCUGUCGGUGACAGACAGGAUAUACGAUGGCAUUGGACACCAGUUCAGCUCGGCCAUGGUCGUGGACGCCAUCCAGUUUGUCGUGGAGACGGUGGCGGACGCGCCGGCUGCAGAUGGCGCCCAGAGCCCAAAGACGUCAAAGAUAUAA